AUGGACGAGCAUGCCGAGCGAGUGCGAAAGAUCGCUGCAGCCGUGAAAGGCUUCCACGAGACCAAGCAGAAAUUUCGAAUCGAUCACGGCUCCACAAACAGCACACGGAACCAAAGGUCAAAAGGCAACAAUGUCAUCAACACUAGCAAGAUGAACCAUGUACUCACAGUCGACACCGACAAAAGGACCAUCUUGGUUGAGCCGAACGUGCCCAUGGACCGUUUGGUGGAAGCUACCCUGGCUCACGACCUCAUACCGUUAGUCAUCAUGGACUUUCCGGGUAUUACCGCAGGUGGAGGCUAUGCCGGUACAGCGUGCGAGAGCAGCUCUUUCAAGCAUGGCUUCUUCAGCGACACCGUCAACUCUAUCGAGAUGGUGCUAGCCAACGGUGAAGUCGUUAUCUGCUCAAAAGAUGAGCGUAAAGACCUCUUCCGUGGGUCUGCCGGCGCUAUGGGCAGCUUUGGAGUACUGACCCUGCUGGAGAUUCAGCUCGAGCCUGCCAAGAAAUAUGUAGAGACAACCUACCAUCCGGUGACUUCCUUCGACGAAGCAGUCAAAAUGUGCCACGAUGUGAGCACUGGAACGUCCAGCUACGACUACGUGGACGCCAUCUUGUUCUCCAGUACAUCCGGCGCGGUGGUCACGGGGCGAUGCACAAACGACAGACCGGUUGACCUUCCUGUGCAGCGUUUCAGUGCGUCCACAGAUCCUUGGUUCUACUCCCACGUCCGUGACAGGCUAUGCACGAGUCAAGAGCCGGUGACAGAACUUAUACCGCUCCCUGAGUAUCUCUUCCGCUACGACCGAGGCGGUUUCUGGGCCGGUGAGAGUAUCUUCCAAGGACAGAAAGGUGGCGAAGGAAUCAUCCCGAACACCAAGACUUACAAGUCAUGGCUAGACCCACUCCUACACACGAGAAUGCUGUACGCAGCGGUCCACUCUGGCGGCUUCAACGGCCAGAUUGUGCAGGACAUGACAGUCCCAUACGAUAAAGCCCCAGGCUUCUUAGAAUGGGUGGCCAAGGAGAUGGAGGUAUGGCCUCUAUGGCUAUGCCCAGUCAAACCCAGCCCUAACCCAACCGUCCAUCCUCACAAGAACCCCGUCAAGAGCAAUGGCCCACAGCCCCAAAUGCUAAACAUCGGCAUCUGGGGCGCACCCACCGAGUCUGAAUUCGACUACUGGAUCGACAUCAACAGACAACUAGAAGCCAAGCUCCGUGAAGUCGGCGGCAUGAAAUGGAUGUACGGCGUCAAUCUUGAGAAUGACGAAGACUUCUGGGGCCAGCACGAUAAGGAAUGGUAUGACCAGCUACGGAAGAAGUACCACGCGGACUGGCUGCCAUCCAUCGCGGACAAAGCUAGAACAACCCCUAAGAAGUGCUUGGAAGCUGCGGAAACUCAACCCUGGAUGGAUCAUAUCUUGUUCAAUUACUUCCCGGGUUUCGUCAUUACUGCUUUGGUGCGAGCGUGGUGGAGUGGAGCGUGGAAGCAUGACAGAGCGGCGACUUGGCCGAAGUGGGUGCCAAGAGAGACGAAGUAG